AUGUAUGCCGUGAUCCAUGAUGAAGGCGGAGUUUCGAUUGACGACUGUACAGUACUCGAUAUGGGUUGUGCCCAGCUCAUCAUCGACGGCAAGGUCAAGGUGAAGCAGGGCGUCGAUAUCACGCAUUUUGAGCGGGACGCCGUCGUCUUCGCGGAUGGGUCCAAGAUUGAAGCAGACGUCGUCGUGCUUGCGUGGGUGCACCCGCUUCACAUCCAUCCACUCACACUCAUCAUCUUUUCUGCUUCUAGCACGGGCUACGGCGCGCUGACCGAGCGGUACGCGGACAUCCUCGGCGCGUGGCCGGCCGACGCGCCGGUCUGGGGCAUGGAUGCGGAGGGGCGAGAUGCGCCGCGCGUUUCGGCCGACGGGACGAAGAGGGCUGUGGUUUGCGCUGGGGGCGUUCCAGCAGGUGCGGUUCAUGAGCAAGCACUUGGGGAUGCAGAUAUUGGCGGAGGAGGCAGGCAUUGUGUCAAUUUGAGCCCGCUAUUUAUUCAUAUUGAGUCCCUGUGUCUCGUUAACCAUACACAGCCAUCGCUUAACCUUUUCUCUUCUUCCCAUGACGACGUUGCGGUAAGUGCGACUGCUUCGUCUGGCUGCCCCUUGUCUGACGCGUUGCAAAGCGCCACGCCGCCUAGUGGGGCCGAGGUGCUGCUUACCCAUAAUCACCCUCCACUCGCGGGGAGUACCACGGCACAGCUCAUGCGCGAGUUCAUCGACGCAGCGAAAAAAGGAGUACGCAGUGAUUCCUGA